UCUUGGCAGUGUGGAGGAUCAGAGGAAUCUUGGGGUCCAAAGUCCAUAGGACACUCAAAGCUGCUGCGCAGGUUGACUCUGUGGUUAAGAAGGAAUACAGUGCAUUGGCCUUCAUCAAUCCUGGGAUUGAGUUCAAGAGCCGAGAGACUGGGUCACUUGCGAUGCCAGAACACUCUGAUGUAAGCUUAUGUCCUGAGGAGCGUGUGCGGGCCCUCACCAAGAAGGGGAGUUCUGUGGAUGUAAAUGAUGACAUGCCUUUGCGGAGGUACUUCCGUUCUGGGGUUGAAAUAAUUCGCAUGGCUUCAGUUUACAUGGAUGAAGGCAAUUUGGAAAGUGCGUUUGUGCUUUACAAUAAAUACAUCACGUUGUUCUUGGAAAAGUUGCCCAAACACCGGGAUUAUAAAACCACCAUAAUACCCGAGAAGAAGGAUACGUUUAAAAAACUAAAAGAGAUUGCAUUCCCAAAGGCUGAGCAGUUGAAGAGUGAGCUUCUGAAGAGAUAUGGGAUCGAAUACGCAGAAUUCCAGGAGCAGAAGCAGAGGGAAGCUGAGGAGUUUGCCCACGAGUUGGCUCGGCAGCAACAGCUUGAAGAUGAAAAGCAGAGGGUGGCAAGAAUGCAACAGCAGCAAGUUGAACAGGAGCAGUUCCGUGCCUUUGAAGAGAUGAUCCGGAAGCAACAGCUGGAGAAGGAGCGACUAAAAGUGCUGGUGGAAUUCGCAAAACCAGAAAGCCCUCCCACAUCGAAGGACUACCCCCUUAUCCCUGGCAUUACGAGACCACCGAAUGAUAUGAGCCCACCGUGGCCUGCUUCAAGUGUUCCAAAUGCUGGUCCGCCUGCCAUAGAUCGUUCAACAAAGCCCACAACCUUUGGAACCAACUGGAACAAUUUUUCUGCAGACAAACUCCGUAAUGUGGCAAUUCCUAACGGCCUGUGUCAGCAGUUUCUCCGGCUCGCUGAGGCCAAUACAGCCCGAGGAGUGGAAACCUGUGGGAUACUCUGUGGAAAAUUGCUGCACAAUGCGUUUACUGUAACACACGUGAUCGUACCCAAACAAAACGCGGGUCCUGAUUACUGUAACACAGAGAGCGAAGAGGAGCUCUUCCUUAUUCAAGACCACAAUGACCUGAUAACGUUGGGCUGGAUACAUACCCAUCCAACGCAGACUGCAUUCCUGUCCAGCGUGGACCUUCACACCCACUGCUCCUACCAGAUCAUGCUUCCAGAAGCCAUAGCAAUCGUUUGUUCACCCAAGUACGAUGAGUCAGGUUUUUUCAGAUUGACCGAGCAUGGAAUGGAUGAGAUCUCUUCCUGUAAGCAGAAGGGUUUUCACCCGCAUGUUAAGGACCCCCCUCUGUUUAAUGCAUGCUCACAUGUUUCCACCAUAGAGACCAACGUUACGAUGGCGGACCUUCGGUGAUUGCUGCCUUUCAGGUGUCUUUGGUUUCCAUAGAAACCGUUAACAGUGAUGUCCCUCUCUAGUUCUUCAGGUAGAAGCUUCUGUAGCUUUAACAGUUACAAAUUGAGUUUUUGUUUUGAGUGUUUUAAUCUAAAAUACUAAAUUCUUGUCAAUUCUACCUUGUACAGAAUAUGUAAUUGCCUUUAUUUAAAUGCCUGCACUGCUGCACUUAAUCAAUGAUGAUGCCUAUUAACUUUUUUUUCAGUAUAUCUGUCAUUUGUUGAUCCUUCUUGAUCUAACAAUCGUCUCUGUAUAUCAAUAAAUCAUGUGUGAUGAUUCCUUGUAGUUUCUUUCACCCUGCAUAUACGCCAUUUCUUUUCCAUCAGCUGUCAGUUUUAACCAGAUACCCACUGCCACAGUUAUUCAUUGAUGGCUGAGGAAAUCCAGGACGGAAGGUUUAAAAAAAAAUCUGUUGGUUUGGUGUGACAUUUAAGGAAGAAAAUAUGUAAAAUAGCUGUAUAAAUUUGUCGUUGUUACUUGAUAAAUGAAGGAGAUCACACAGCCGCAGCUCUCUUUCCACUCUUGUAUCCACUUAGCUCCGCAGGUUGCCCUGGUCCUGUAAUGUUUGAUGUGGUAAUCAGUACCAAACUGCCACCACAGAUUGGAAGAACAGGAGGUGUAUGAAGCCUUAUUGUUUGGAGAUUGCCACACACGAAUGGUUAAUAAAAACCAAAAGAUGCUGCAAAUACAAAUGCCGCCAUUUUGGUUUUCCAGCGGUUUCUGUUUUCAUUUCAGAUUUCCAGCAUCUGCAAUGGUGAAGUUCACUGUGAAUAUUAAGAAGCUAAUAAAGGAGUCUAUAACGAUUUAAAAGAAUCCAUUAACAGAUUUAAUGACUACUAAAUGGGAGAGGAUUAUGAGGGACGGCAUCCACAACAUUUGGAGAGACGGGGUCUGAUUCAGAGAAGUUGUGCAUGCAAAGUCAGAGUUCUUCGAGGAGGUAUCCAAGGGUGUAGAUGAGAUUAGGGUAGUGGAUGAUGUUGAUAUGGACUAUAGCAAGGCCUUUGAAAGGUCGUUCAUGACAAGAUCUUGGUGGAGAUAGUAGAUCGGGUUCAAUAAACAGAGGGUGAAGGGUCGGGUAGUUUUCAGACAGGAUAUCUGUGUUUAGUGAUGUACCAUGUGUUGGUGCUGGGACCUUCAUUGUUAGUAAAUUAAAUAAACUACAAGGCAUGGUUAAUAGGUUUGCGAAUGAUACUAAAAUAAGUGGUGGUAUUGUAGAUGGUGUAGAAGGUUAUGAAAAAUUACGGGGGCAUCUUGAUCAGAUAAAUAUAUGGGCUGGGGUUUGGGAAGUUGCUUUCAAUCUAGACAAAUGUGAGGUAUUGCAUUUUGGGAGAUCAGACCGGGAAAGAAAUUGUAGGGUAAGCUGGGUAAAAGCAUGUAUUUGUUUUUUCCAGAAAGACAGUGCUUUUAAAAAAAAAAGACCAUAGGACCAUCUCAUAUAGGAGCAGAAUUGGACCAUUUAGACCAUUGAGUCUGCUCCAUCAUUUGAUCAUGAUUGAUUUAUUAUUCCUCUCAACUCCAUAACCUUUGCCCUUGCUAAUCAAAAACCUAUCAACCUCUGCCUUAAAUAUAUCCAAUGACUCGGCCUCUACAGCCGUCCGUGGCAAUGAAUUCCACAGAUUCACUAUCCUCUGGACAAAGUAAUUUCUCCUCAUCUCUUGUAUUCUGAGUCUGUGCCUUCUGGUCCUAGACUCCCCCAUUAUUGGAAACAUCUUCUGAACGUCCACUCUAUCUAGGCCUUCGAUAUUCAAUAGGUACAGGAGCAGAGCCAUUAAAACAUUCCUCAUAUGUUAACCCUUUCAUUCCCAGGAUCAUUGUCAUGAACUUCCUUUGGACCCUCUCCAAUGCCAACACACAAGGAGACGAAAACUCAUCCAAACUGCUCUCAAUAUUCUAAAUGUGGUCUGACCAAUGCCUUCUAAAGCCUCAGCAUUAUGUCCUUGCUUUUAUAUUCUAGCCUCUUGAAAUGAAUGCUGACAUUGUAUUUGUUUUCCUUACUACUGACUCAACUUGCAAGUUAACCUUUGCUCCUCUGAAUUCUGAAUUUGCUCAUUGUUUAGGAAAUAGACUGUGCCUUUAUUCAUUCUACCAAAGUGCAUGCACUAAUCAACCAUACUCUAUCUGCCACAUCUUUGCCCAUUCUCUUAAUAUGUCCUUCUACAGAAGGAAACAACACUAUCUUUGUACCUAUCUUUCUACCAUCAAUUCUGUCAUCCAGAUCAUUGAAAUAUAUGUGAAAAGAAGUGGUUCCAGAACUGAUCCCUAUGGAAAACCACUAGUCACUGGAAGCCAACUAUGAAAGGUCCCUUUUAUUCCAACUCUUUGCCUCUGAAAAGACAGUUGAUUGCAACAAGUUACCACAUAGCAUUUUUGAGGAAAAUGGCACUGUAUGCUUUUUGCUCUGGAAACACACUGUUGUUCAGUAUUGUUAUACAACUGCAUGUAACUUCAAAGACUUAAGUUGCACAUUCAAAUAAUAGUUUCCAAAAAAUUUACAGCAUGAGGUACAUAAAAUAAGACCAUUUAAAUCAAGUUGCUAUUUGGUGUUUUUGAGCAUCUUGGAAAUGAAUGGUUUAUGGUCUGGAUACACCACUUUAAAAUUCUGUGCACUUUUUGUUAUAUAACUGCAUGUAACUUCUCAGCUGUAAGUGCCAUUGUCAAUUGUAUGGUUGUAGAAUAAUCAAAACCUUGUAAUACAAGCUUUGUAAACCCUUUGUAAUUACUUGGUUUUCUGCAUUAAUUACUCAUAAAAUGUGGCCUGAUCUUCAUCUCAGUCACAAUAAUACAGUAGAUGCAUUAUUUGUCUAAACUAAUAACACACAAACUUGUACUGUUCAUGGCUUUAUUGAAUAAAUCGUUUAAUCAUUCACAGUCCAGGCAGGAAAAAGUACGUGAACCCUUGUAUUUAAUAACUGGUAGAACCUCCUUUAGCAGCAUCAACCUCCACUAAACACUUCAUGUAGCUGUUGAUCAGACUUACACAACAGGAAGGAGGAAUUGUAGACCAUUCCUCCAUUUAAAAAAAAACUUUCAGUUCAUCAAUAUUUCUGGGAUAUCUUGCAUGAACAGCCCUCUUCAGGUCAUGCCACAGCACCUCAAUUGGGUUAAACCAUUCUGUUGAUUUACUCUUGUGAUCAUUGUCUUGUUGCAUCAUCCAACUACUAUUAAGCUUCAGGUGACAGACUGCUACCCUGACAUUCUCCUGUAAAAUGUCUUGAUCCAAUUUUGAAUUCAUUGUUUCCUCAAUGAUUGCAAGCUGCCCAGGCCCCAAGGCAGCAAAGCAGCUCCAAACCAUGAUGCUCCUUCCACCAUGCAUCACUGCUGGGAUGAGGUUUUGAUGUGCGGUACCCUUUUUCCUCCAUGCAAAGCAGUGUGCAUUUUUGCUAAAAAAAAAAAAAAAAAUUCAACUUUUGUCUCCUCUAUCCACAGAACAUUGUCCCAGAAACAUUGUCGAAAAUCGAGGUGGUCUUUUGCAAACUUGAUAUGCACAGCAAUGGUUUUUUGUUUUGGAGAGCAGUGGUUUCCUGCUGGUGUCCUUCCAUGUUUAGUGUUUCUCUUAUAGUGGACACACGAACAGAGAUCUUAGCAAGUUGUAGAGAUUUCUGCAGGUCUUUUGCUGUUAUCCUUGGAUUCUUUUCCACCUCCUUCAGCAUUACACAUUGUGCUUUUGGUGUGAUCUUUGCCAGAUGUCUACUAGGAAAAGUAGCAACAGUACUGAGUUUUCUGUAUUUUUAGACAAUUUAUCUUACUGAUGAACACUCAGGUCUUCAGAAAUGCUUUUGUAACCUUUUCCAGCUUCAUGCAUCUCUACAAUUCUUCUUCUAAGGUCCUCUGAAAGUUGUUUUGAUCAAGGCGUGGUGCACAUACACAGAUCUUUCUUGAGAAGAGCAGACUAUCAGUAACCUGACUUUGUGUGUCUUAUUUAUAGGGCAGGGCACCUCUAUAACCCACACCUCCAAUCUCAUCUCAUUGAUUGGAGCACUUGACUCCAAAUAGCUUUUGUAGAAGGCAUUAUUCCAGAGGCUCACGUACUUUUUUGAACCUAGACUGUGAUUGUUUAAAUGAUGUAGUCAGUAUUGACGAGAAGAAGUACAAUUGGUUGUGUGUUGCUAGUUUAGGCAGAUUGUGUUUGGCUAUUAUUGUGACUUAGAUGAAGAUCAGACCACAUUUUGAGUAAUUAAUGCAGAAAAACAGGCAAUUGCAAAGCCGUAGCAUUUUUAAGAAAAAUGAUAAUUUGGCUGUGGAAACACUCAUUUUGUUAUAUGCAGUUUUGUUACACCACUGCAUGAUAAUUCCAAGACUUAAGGUGCACACUUAAAUCACUGAUCCCAAAAUGCAUGGGUGCCAUAAAAUAAAACUAUUUAAAAAGUAUUGCUACUUUGUGCAAUAGAAGAAAUUGGGAGUGUAUGUGUUUAUUUUGCUCUGGAAACAAUAUUUUAGAUUGUGUGCACUUAUUAAAAUACAACUGCAUAUAACCCCUCGGCAAGUGCCACUACCAGAUUAAUGGCUGUAGAGUACUCAGAAGUAUGGAAUACAUAAAACAAGUUCAUUGCAACAAGUGACCACAUGGCAGUUUUGAUGGAAGUGGCAAUGUAUGCUUAUUGUUUGGAAGCACUGAUUUACCUCAAAUGCAUUUUAUUAUGCAACUGCAUGGAACUUAUGUAAGUUGCACAUUCAAAUAUCUGAUUCCAAAACACUGUAGCUUGAGAUGUAUAAAGUGUUUAAAACACAUUACCACAGUCACAAAAAAGUCUGCAGAUGCUGGAAAUCCAAAGCAAUCACAUACACAAAAUGCUGGAGGAACUCGGCAGGCCAGGCACCAGCAUCUAUGGAAAAGAGAAAACAGUCAACGUUUUGGGCCGAGACCCUUCUUCAGGACCCUAAACAUGAGAAAGUCUGCAGAUGCUGGAAAUCCAAAGCAACACACACACCUUACCAGAGCGUGUUUG